CGGUGCUCAUGAGCGAGAGCGCGGCGGCGGCGGGCGAGCGGCCGUGCGACCGACGGUCUCUAGGGCGGCGCGGUUACCUGGAGGAGGAGGCGGCCGGCCGGCCGGAGGGCUUUUGAAGCGGGACAGCGGGAGGAUGAGGCGCUGGCGCUAGAGCUCGGGCCGCAGAGUGGGAGUGAACACGUAAAGCAGCAGAGGUUCUAGAUGGCAAUUCAUGCUGGAGGCAGUCCUCUGGUAUCUUGCUGAAGUGAACAAGUUGUGACUGGAUGCUGUUGAAAUUAUUUGCAACCCAAACAUAACUGUACCCUUCCUGCUUGGUACCUUAACAUGGGGAACCUUCUUAAAGUUUUGACAUGCACAGAUCUUGAGCAGGGGCCAAAUUUUUUCCUUGACUUUGAAAAUGCACAGCCUACAGAAGCUGAAAGAGAAGUAUUUAAUCAGGUGAAUGUAGUGCUAAAGGAUGCAGAGGGAAUCUUGGAUGAUCUACAAUCGUACAGAGGGGCAGGACAUGAAAUAAGAGAGGCAAUACAGCAUCCAAGUGAUGAAAAUUUGCAAGAGAAAGCAUGGAGUGCAGUAUGUCCGCUAGUAGGAAAACUAAAGAAGUUCUAUGAGUUCUCCCAGAGAUUAGAAGCAGCAUUGCAUGGCUUGUUGGGAGCGCUAACGAGCACACCGUACAGUCCCACACAACAUCUUGAGCGAGAGCAGGCUCUUGCCAAACAAUUUGCUGAGAUUCUUCAUUUUACUUUACGGUUUGAUGAACUUAAGAUGACAAAUCCUGCUAUACAGAAUGAUUUCAGCUACUAUAGGAGAACUUUAAGUCGUAUGAGAAUCAACAAUGUUCCAGCAGAAGGAGAAAAUGAAGUAAAUAAUGAAUUGGCCAACAGAAUGUCCUUGUUUUAUGCUGAAGCAACUCCAAUGCUAAAAACCUUGAGUGAUGCCACAACAAAGUUUGUUUCAGAUAACAAGUCUCUACCUAUAGAAAACACGACUGACUGCUUAAGCACAAUGGCAAGCGUAUGCAGAGUUAUGCUGGAGACACCGGAAUACAAGAGCAGAUUUGCAAAUGAAGAAACAGUAUCAUUUUGUCUGAGGGUGAUGGUGGGUGUCAUCAUUCUUUAUGACCAUGUGCAUCCAGUUGGGGCAUUUGCCAAAACAUCCAAAAUAGAUAUGAAAGGUUGCAUUAAAGUCCUAAAGGAUCAGCCUCCAAAUAGUGUAGAAGGCCUUUUGAAUGCUCUCAGAUACACCACCAAGCAUUUGAAUGAUGAGACUACCUCCAAGCAAAUCAAGACGAUGUUGCAAUAAAGAAUAGCAACAGAGCUGGCUACGGAGAACAGUAUUCUGCAAUGAUUGAGAUGCACAGAUGUGUUUUUAAUGUUUAAAGAAUGCAACUGCUUUUUUUUCUUUUUUAAAAUGUGUUCCUGCUCUUAAAACAAAAUAGCUGAACUUACUUUCUGUGCCAAACUCUUGAUACAUAAACAGUUCAAAAAGUGUUUACUUUGUUUCACAUUUGGAUGGAUGAAUGAAGUACAUUGGCAGCUAACUAUUCACAAGUUGGGUGUCUUUGUACAUGUAAGGACAUUAGGAUCUUGGCCGAAAAGAGAAAAUCUCUGUUCCAUUUCUAAUGAUUAAUAUUUAAUACUGCUUCUGCAUGAUAAGCCUUUUCAUGCCGUGUAAAACUUAAAAAAAAAAUCAUUUUCUAUUGCAGCUUCAUCAUGCGCAGCCAUUAAAAAAAAAUUGAACAGAUGUUAAAUUAUGUUUUAUUGUAUGAAAGGUACCUAGCACAACAGACUACAAAUUACUGUCUGUUUUGUCGAUACUUCAGUUUGCAUUCUCAUUUUGUAUGAGUGUGUGUAAGUUUAACAUUCAUUAUACUAACGUUAAACUGUUGUGUGUGCGUAACAGAUGAGUAUGCAUGUACAUGUAAAAUUGGCAGCUGUGGAUUAAAUAAAAUGAGCUUUUGUUUUUCUAAAACCUGA